AUGUUCCAAGUCGCGUCGCGCCCGGCUCCAUUCGCGCCGGAGAUGCUUUCUCUUCCUGCCCAUCACCAGCACGUACCCCCGAGUCUGCAGCUCCCGCGCACCCUCGCUCGCCCCAGCUUCAAUGAAGUCUCGCGUCAGACCAUUGCCUCGCUCGAGCCCGAGCUCGCAAACGUGCCCUUCGAGUACAUCAGGAACCACUUGGCUGGCCAAGCUAAUGAGAUGCUCGCAGCCCUCAAGCUGCUCUCCAUCCCGUCCUCGCUCCCGCGUUCGCGUCUCCCGCCUAUCAUCGACGUGCCCGUGCGCCCGACCUCCCACUCACCGUCCUCCUCCGCGUUCCCGACGCACAUCCUCGCGAUCUCCUCUUCCAAGUCCGCGUCCUCGCCAAACACGCCCACCGCUGCGUCCUUCGCGCAGUACACCUCCACCCCCGCGACGGCCCCUCUCUACCCAACGCACGCGCUCGUGCUCGCCACGCACUGCACACUCCUCCCCGCGCUCCCGCCCUCGCACCCUUCCAAUCGCACCGCGACGAUGAGCCUUCCCCUCGUCCCGCUCACCGUCCCGAGCGCGGAGACCUUCCCAGUCCUCCACGCCUACCUCCACACCAAGCGCACAGACACUCUUCUCGGCGCGCUCCUCCCCUCCCUCGCCUCUGUGCUCCCGCCCGCGCCCGCGGCCUCGGGCUCCAAGGGCCGGGCUCCCUACGUCUCGCAGUUCUCCUCGGACAGCCUCCUCUGCCUCGCGCAGGCGCUCGCAUCAUCCGCGUCCGCACACGCCGGCCCGCAGGGCGCGCUCGCGGGGCUCAUGAACCACGCGAAGCGGGUGAACGCGCUCUGGCGCAACGUGUGUGCGCUCGGCGUGUUCGAUGCCGAGCUCUGGGCCGUCAUGGACAUCGCGUGGGAGGUCGUCCUCGCCGCGCUCACCCGCGUCGCCGAGCGCGAGCGCGUGUAG